AUUUUAUUUUUAAAGGCAAAACUUUUAAGCUAAAAACGUAAACAAACCAGAAAUUGAAAAAUAAUUUUUUUUUUGAAAUUUAACUUAAUUAAAUGAGUUAAAAGUUAAAAAGAAGUGUGCAAAAUAUGGGUGGAUGUUCAGUUAUUAAUUGUCAUAAUCGCUUUUCACGUGGAUCGAAGCAUUUCUUUAGAUUUCCAAAUGAAACAACUCGACGAAAUUUAUGGAAAGAAUUCACUCAAAAAAAAGAUUAUGAUAUAAAAGGAUCAUCAGUCAUUUGCGAGGACCACUUUACAACAGCCUGCUUUCAAAGAAAAAACAAGAGGGUUUGGCUUAAAAAAGAUGCAAUUCCAACCAUCAUUUACAAACAGACGAGUGCUGGAUUACAAAAGUUCGAAAUUAAGUAUAAUGAGGCGACAAAUUGCUAUGAUGAGAAUGAUUUUACAUUAAUCAAUUCCAUUAGAGUUGAUCAGGAGGAUAAAAAAUCGAUUCUUAAAAGAAAACAAGACAAAAUUAGUGAAUUAAAAACAUUGUGUAGAUUCUGUAUGUGCAGUCAGAGUGACGAAUCUAAACUCGUACAAAUAGUAAAAUUAGAGACUUACUCAAUUAAUAUUAAUGAAUUAAUGCAACUCCUUGGACUCGAUGUUGAAAAUCAUGACCUUUUUAGUGACAUAGUAUGUGAACAAUGUUUUCAACUAAUUGUGGACUUUGAUAACUUUAAAAAGAAAUGUAAAGAGAUCCAGCAAGAAAUAUUAGAUGAGCUUCAGCAGUUUGAUCGAAAAGUAAUGGAACUGACGAAUUCAAAAGAAUUUGUUGACGAUGAUAUUUUCUGCGAUGAAACAGAACUAAUUGUUGAAGACACAACACUUGAAGUAAUUGAGGAGCAUUUAGUCGAUGACAAUGAGGAAUUAAUUAAACAAGAGUUUGAAUUAGGAGAAGAAAUACCGUUGUACCAAAUCGAAUAUAUUGAGGAAAUCCCAUUUUCUGAAGAACAGCAUUUAAAAAACGAAGAAGAAUUAAUCGAUCAAGAAGUUGUCGUUUCUAUUACACCCCUUCAAUUAAGUCAAAAGUCAUUAGAUUAUUCUUUGGAAUUGGACAAAUCAAAAGAGAAUUCAAUUCACGGAGUCGAUGAAUAUGAGGACGUAUCUGUUGAUGAUAUAAUUAAGAAUCCAGAAAGAAAUCGAUUUUGUUUCAAGAUUUUCGAAUGUUUCUUCUGCAAAAUGAAGUUUGCAGGAAAGAAGACAUAUGUAGCUCAUAAAUGUCCGAUUUCUGAAAUAAAAUGUGAUAAAUGUGAUAAAACAUUUAACAAAGUCCAUCUUUAUAAUAGUCACAUAUCAAAUUUUCACCAUGAAUUGCCAAUAUCUCAGCAUUACUGUCCAAUUUGCAAAACAGUUUUAAUUACCACUUUGAAUCAGUUUAAAGUUCAUAGACGAAACUGUAACAAACAGACAAAUAAUCAGCCAAUAGAAUGUGAAAUAUGUCACAAAGUUUGCAAUAAUCUCAAAGGCUAUACAAUUCAUAAACUUUUUCAUGAUACACGAAAUUACACGACCAGCUCUGGGGAAAAGAUCGCAACAUCAGGUCUUAAUGUCUUUCCUGGAAGUGCUGUUUGUGAAUUAUGUGGCAAAGAAUUUCAAUCAAUGGUUGGCUAUAGAAUGCAUAAAAGAAAUGUUCAUCGAAUUGGAUCAGAAGGAGCAAUUUUUCAAUGUCAUGUCUGCUCAAAAAUCUGUCCAACACGUCGCUCUCUUUUUGAUCACAUGCGAAAUACUCAUCGUAUUCAAGAAACUCCUUGUCAAAUAUGCCACAAAGUCUUUAGAACCAAAAUAUUGUUAAGUAAGCACAUGAUUUAUCAUGAUGAGACAAAGAGGGUAUUUAAGUGUAAUUUAUGUCCUGACAAAAGCUUCUUUACUAAAGUAGCACUUAAACGCCAUCAAAAUAGUCAUUUAGGAAAAAAGGAUUAUCAUUGUUCAGAAUGCUCAUCAAGCUUCACGACUAAUCAUCAGCUAAAGGUACAUCGAGCAAAUAAACAUGGAAUGAAAUAGACAUGCAACUUACACAAUUUGAUAUGAAUUAAUUUUUGAGAUUUUUUGAAAAGUUAACUAAUAAAUAAAUAAAAGCGCGUAAAAUGCAUACGAAUUUUG